AUGGAAUUAAAUGUCAAGCUUCGCAAAGAGGAGAGUGACUUACUUGCUGAUCACAGUUUAUAUAGGAAGUUGGUGGGUAGCCUUGUUUAUCUCACCAUUACUAGAUCGGACAUUUCUUUUGCUGUACAGCAAGUCAGCCAGUUCCUUCAGACUCCUCGUCAUUUUCAUUUGGCUGCUGUUCAUAGGAUCAUACGCUAUGUUCAAGGCACUUAUACUCGUGGCUUGUUCUUCCCUGCAGGCAAUUCUACUCGCCUUGCUGCUUAUAGUGAUGCUGAUUGGGCUGGUUGUGCGGAUACCCGUCGCUCCAUCACUGGUUGGUGUGUGUUCUUAGGUGAUGCAUUGAUUUCUUGGAAAAGUAAGAAGCAAGACAGAGUCUCUAAGUCAUCUACGGAAUCUGAGUACCUGGCGAUGUCUCUUGUUUGUUCUGAAAUCAUUUGGCUUUGA